CGCGUCUUUUGUCCAAAACAAGAGAAACCUUCUCUGCACAAACCGGCUGAUAUGAGGAAGGAUUGUCUGCUGUAAAAGUCUGACUGCAAAACAAAGAUUCCUGCCCGGUGGUUCCUCACUAAAACAAAGACUUCAGGUUUUUAUCCAGCUGGGAGAUGUUUGCCACAGCCACCAGGAACUUUGUGGAGGAGGUGGAUCAUGGAGGUUUGCUGAUUCCAGUGUCCAGCCUGAAUGACACUAUUGCUCUUCUGACAGUGGUGGUGAAGCGCAAGCGUUUCUGGGUCUGGCAGAAGCCCAGGUACAUCCCCACUGACUUUAACUUCAAUGAUAUACUAACAGGAGACACACCUAUAAAGCCAGGUGUCAUCGAGACAGACUUCAUCAAAUACAAUGGCUCAUUUGGUGACAACAUUCAGGGAAACGUGAAUGCAAACUUUCCCCACUCCAGUGUGAGCGUGGGGGGUAAAGACUCCUCCAAACUACAUUCAUUUUUUGGCAGUUUGAAGAAGGAGGAAGUGGAUGUGCAGAAGUUGCUGCGAGACUCCAAAGACAGGUUUCUGGAUAUGUCCCAUGGUUUGGUCCAGCAGACGAAGGAGAAGCACAAACAGGUGUUUGGGAUUGUGAAGGAGCGUAUUGUGACUACUCAGCCCUGUUCGGUCAUAGAGGAGGUGCAGCAGGGAGGACAGUGUGGAGCAGGACUGAGCCUCUGCGGUCCCAAGAGCCCAAAGGUUUCAUUGAAGGAGAACGGGAGCUUGAGUAAAGACAGUAACGUUUCCAUGGAGAUUCCCAUCCAUACUACCAUUGCCUAUGCCCUUAUAGAGCUAGAGAUCAAACAGGAUGGGCACUAUGAGCUGUGUCUGAUGUCAGACACCACUGGAAGUUUUGAAGUAGAUGGCCCUGUUAAGAAAGGACUAUUGCAUAUCUUUGGAGCCUCUGGCUCUGCCCCUGAAAACAGCCCCCUUAAACAAGAAUUGGAGCGACUGAGCGAUCAUUUCCAGCAACUUUCAGCUCUUCCUGCCACCACGAGGUCCUCUCUGCUCCAGCAAAUCACAAAAGUUAUGGAGGACCGGGAGGCCGUCAGUACACUUCAGAAUGUGCUGGACCAGAUGUGCUUGGAUAAGAGACCUGCCUUGGAUGAUGUCACAGCGACAGAUUCCCAAAAACAGAACAUCCAAGCAAUUCUGGACCUUUUGGAGCAGUGCGGUGAAGUGAAGUCCACACCAGUCCUCACAGCCCUUCACCUCAUUAUCAGCGCCAUGGAUGAGAUGACAAAUGAUUGUCUUUCUCUCCUGGGAAUGUGCUGCAGCCUCACAGUGUUACAGGCUCUGGAGCUAUUGGUGCAGUGUGUCUCGGAGAAGGGGGAGUUGCCUCUGAGCAGCGCAGGCCUAGCAGCACUGACAGAAGAUGUCUAUGAAAAGACUGAACAUCUGUUUGCCUCCUCUAAUGUGUCCCUGAAGAGAGACGGGGACACAGUGACGACAGAAAUAAGCCACCUGGCGGGAAACCUCCCUCUGGUCCUGUGCAUCGCUGUCAGAGGACUCGCCUCGUUGGCCCACUGUGAUUGAACUGAAGACACCUUUUUUAUCCACCAGAAACUUGAAACCGUACACCGGAAUGAGGUAAAGGGGAUCACAUAGAUCGAGUGUUAUAUAUCAGUGUUUUUUUUCUUUUUUUGGAGCAGUAGAAUUUCCUCUAAAACAGUGAUGCAUUCUACUGUUGGGUAAUUAUAUAAGUGUAAAAAAAUUUGACAAUCAAUUAGUUUAGGUCAUGGAUUUUGGACUCUUUGUUGGACAAAACAAGCAUUUUGAAGACAUCACCUUAGGCUCCUCUGGGAAUGUCUGAGGGGCAUUUGUCACAGAUUUCUGGUUUUAUCUUAAAAAAAACCAAUUGAUUACAAUCUUAAAAUGAUCCACUUUUGCGAUUAUUACUUAUUAUUAAGUAAGGGAUAGUAGCCUACAAGUAGGGUCGUAACGGUAUACUGUGGUAUUAAAAUUGAUGGCUAUCAUACUGUGUACAUUUGCUUAUCAAUGGUACUGAAAAAAAACUGACAUAAGUGAGUGUGUGUGAGUGAAAGGUACAGACAGGAGCAGUCUGGCUGUGCUGUUGUGCACCUACAGUAUAUAUUCUUUGUUAAUAAUCAUGAGCCAUUAUUUUAAAAGCUCAAAGCUGUUGUUAUUAUCCAUUUAGUAGUUAAUUUAACAUGCUAUAGUGCUGCUAACAAACAUGCUUCACUUAUAUAACAUGACCUGUUCUCAAUCCUCAUCAUGAUCAUUAUAGCUGACAAUAAUAGCAAUACUAAUAAUAAUGAUGAUGAGGAUGAUGAUAAUAAUAUAAGUUUGAUACCAUGAUAUUUUCUGAUAAGGUUAUCGUACCGUGAAAAUCUCAUACCGUUACAACCCUACUUACAAAUUGUGCUUUACUAAAGCAUGUCAAAAUUGAGGGUUCUCAGUGGCGAUGGUAAAAUAAAAAAUAACCAUUACCUGCAGCCCUGAAAUAUUCUAUUAUAUGGUCACAACUGAAUCCGGAAACUUUGACUAGAUUUUAAAUGCUUAACUUCACACCUGCUGGUGGUAUCAGCAUCAAUAUACACAUUAAUUUGAAUAUAAUAUUCAGAUUUUAGUAUCUGAAUGAAAAUGAAAAAAAAGCGUUCAAUGACUGACACCUGGUUCUUGCCAUCAUAUUUUGGUUCAUAGUAUCUGAAAGAAGCAUCUCUUUUUUUAUUUUGAUCUCAUAUAAUUCCAUUUUAUCUACCGUAAGAUUUGUAAAUAAUUGUCUUGUUCCAUGGUCUUGGUGAAUACUUUAUUCUGAUUGGCUGCUGGGUGUCCAUUUAUUCCUGAUACAAGAAAAGGAAUAUAUAAAAGAAGGAUGGGUCCUUAUGUCUUGGUGCCAGUUCUAUUGAAGUGAAUGGGGCAUGGCAAGUCUCACUAUAACCCACCACCAUACCUCUGUUGUUUCACCUUUGAUUGCUAAAUAUUUCUACAAAAAUAAAAGCACAUUACGUGA